AUGGGCGGCUCCGCUUCAGGCCUGGAAGCACUGGAUAUGGUCAUCGAGGAUUUGGGACUCAGACCUGAUUCUCCUCUUCUCGCACCCCUCAAGCGCGCCCGAAAUAACUACUCCCUUCUAUGCCGUUUUCCUCCCGAGAUCAUCUGUCAUAUCAUCUCCCUCGCUAAGGACGACUUUGGAUGGCCUACUUUCCACGCCGCGGCUCAGCACGACUCUUCUGGCGGCGAGAAUCAGGCGACGGGGGCGUUGGGUGCCAAGUACAAUGUGAAACUAGGCUGGGUUGUUCUAUCACACAUUUGUUCUCUUUGGAGAGAGGUCGCUUUGGGUGCCCCGCAACUUUGGACAGACCCGAGCGAUUACUUCGCGCUUCCGCCUGUGCUAUCACGCUUGAUCCGAGAGAGGGCCCGGGAUGUUCCUUUCCACUUGGAACUUACGGAGUCCAGCCUUCGUCGUCUCAGACAGGUCGGCUGUAAGGUCCUGCUGCCUGCGGCAUCCAUUCCUAUCGCGACGCUUCAAGUGCUGGAUUUCUCCGUCGCCAACUUUGGCUUAUUGGAUCACGGUUACUUCCGCAUCGCGCCCUUCGGGCAUCUACGCCAGCUGGUCGUCAGCGUAGUCCUCGCCAAGGAUAGUGUCCCCGUGCUACUCCCCAUCGCACUCACGUCGAGCCCAUAUAUGGAGCACGUGGACCUCCACAAUUGUCUUCCGUCGCGCUGGGAUGUACCCAUGUUUGGACCCCGUCUCAUUGACCUCUCGUUGUGGUAUACUGGGGAGCCGGAAGUUCGCCACCUCAUGCCCUCGACACUGGAGUUCUCUCAUCUCUUGGCCUCCACCACUGCGCUCCAGUCUCUCUCCAUCCACGGAAUCCAUCUCCAAGGCCCCGCCUUUCCAUACCCGUCGAUGCUGAUGUCGCCAGCAUUGCGCUCGUUAGACGUCUCCAAUUGGCUUGACGCUCAUGAUCAACACCGUGACUGCCUGAUCUUCUUGGGGAACAUUGUGCUUCAGCGUCCUAAUGUGCACAUGGAGAUUUCUCUCGAUGACCUGCAGGGCGAUGCGGACGAUGGCACCGUGCAUGCUGCUACCGUCGCGAACGAUAUCCCAUCUCUAAUACGUUCGGCUCUUCACAAUAUCUUCCGGCAGCAGCAAAGUCCACCGAAACAAAUCGUCCUUGACCGCAAGACAAUUCUCACUCUUCAUUCCGAGACCCACGAGACAUCGCCGCUGCGCGCUUGGUCCAACCCUGCAACGAGGCACAUGUACGCGGCUACACCCGAAGCGCGUUCUCUUCUGAACUUUGACUUCGACCUUGUCGCUAUCGAUGACGCAUCAUUCUUGUACGAGGGAGUCGUGCCAGUCCCUCUUCACAGGCUCCACCGCGUGUCACUCAACACAUGGGAUGUAGGGGCCUAUCUCGAAAGCAAGACCUGGUGGCGCGCGAUGGGAGAAGCCGUGGACGUCCACUGCCUUGACGUCUACUUCGGCGAUUGCGCGAAGUUGCUGCCCCUUGUCGAGACUGUUUCGAAGGGCGGGGUCGCCGUCUUCGCAUCAUUCCCCAACCUCAAAGUCAUACAUGUUCACCUCGACGAACCCGACGAUGAAUCGGACGAAGCGGGAGCGGUGAACAUGCUUGCCCGAAACCUCGCGACUCUUCAAGCCAUAGUCGAUGCUCGACAGAAGCAUGUUGAGGAAUCGCGCUUAGAAUCGUUGGUCGUGGACAGUGCGCUGAGCGACUGGACUAUAUGGGAGACCUUUGCCGUCAACGUUUCCGUCAGCUUUCAUGACUUCACUGCGACAGAUGUGGAAGUCGGGCUGAGUCGUUCCUUGUCUUGA